AUGAGGUGGGUUGAUGAGGUCAUUCCAGAUGCUCCCUGGGUGUGCACAAAAGAGUUCCUUGAUAAGCACAACAUUGACUAUGUAGCCCAUGAUGCUCUCCUAUAUGCAGAUGCAAGCGGAGUUGGUAAUGAUGUAUAUGAAUUCGUCAAAGCCAUUGGUAAAUUUAAGGAAACAAAGCGCACAGAUGGAAUUUCUACAUCUGAUAUUAUAAUGAAGAUAGUCAAAGAUUACAAUGAUUACGUCAUGCAGAACUUGGCCCGUGGUUACACUAGGAAGGAUCUUGGUGUCAGCUAUGUAAAGGAAAAGCGGUUGAGAGUGAACAUGGGCUUAAAGAAACUCCGCGAGAAAGUUAAGGAGCACCAGGAGAAAAUUGGGGAGAAGGUACUCUUCCUUAACAGUGCUCUACGAUUUGAUUUGCUCCCAGAACAUAGGCUGCUUACUGAGGAGAGAGAGUUCUUCUCUGAUGUUGGACUGGACCCUGUAAAAGGUGUAUUGCAAUUGUGCAGGAUUCAGUCACUCUUCAAGCUUGACCCAAAACCCAUUCCAUUUCCAUGGAACUUACAAGUUCAGGCCUCAUGGUCCCUGUAA